UCUAUCUAUCUACCUACCUAUCCAUCGUCCUAUAUAUACUUACCUACGUCUCUCUCGUUACAUAUCUAAUCUCUCUACCCCCCAAUUACGCCUUCUAAGAUGUAACCUUCGGGAGAACUCAAAGAUGACCGGAGCGAGACUGCCUUUCAGCCCUGUCAGGAGGUCCUCUCAGCGCCCUCCCUUCGCCCCCGUCAUCGCCUUCGUCUGCUUCAUCCUCUUCGUCUUGGUUGCUUCCUCGACCGCCGGUGGAAACCCAAAUGCACCAAAUCAAAAUGCCAUCAACAUUAUCGUCAAGUCAUCAGUCCAUCAACUACUUCUUACAGUUGAUGGCACAAUUGUGGUCAACGUGACGUCCACCGAGCAGGACAAGAAGGACCCGGCCGUGUUCUCGCCCUGGCAGGUGACGACGGGGCUGCACGUCAUGGUGCUCAACCCUCGGGACGGGAGACUCCUUUUCCGACGGAUGUUGAUGACGUCACAGUUCGGGCUGUCGCAAGAAAUCCCGAGUUUGUUGAUCUCUCUGACUCGCGGCAACAUCCUCGUCCUCGCCAUCAAGAACGACGGGGCCCUCAACUUGACUCCGACGGCGCGCUCUCUCCUCAAGUCGUUCGGUGUUAAGGCCGCCCACACUCUCCGCUUCCGCAAUAACCUCGCGUGGGUAGGGACCGUGGGCGGCAAGACCUGGGGGGAGGCCACGACGCCCGACAUCGACGAAAGUGGGAACUAUGGGGACUUUUGGUCCUCUCCUGUGCUCCUCGAAGUGCAGGUUCCUCGACGUCCUUCGGAAACCUCUUGUUUCCCAACGAACGACCCCCGAGAAGCCGCCAGGGCCUCCUUCUGCGCUCGCUACGACGGGUACGGGAACCUGUGCUCCUGCGAGAACCCAGCUCCUCUCUCCUAUCACCCGCCUCAGCUAGAAGACAGUGCCAUUGAUGACGUUCCCUUGGUGAUCGUGGCUGACAACCGACCGCCGUAUCUCUACAGACAAAGUCCUCUCAUACAACAAAUUUCUGAUAAAUGGGGAACUACAAAUAUAAAUCUUUAUUAUCGUUACAGGACCUUAGUGACGGUACUCAGGCAGCCCGGAGGACACCCUCGGAGGAUUCUGGUGUGCGUGCAUGGCCACCAUCCAGAGGUGGUCGAGCUCCUUGACCUCCUGCAGGUCCCAUACGAGGAGAACCUGGCCGACGUCGACAUCAAGAUCGAGGGGAAGAUCGCCGAGCAUUACCGCAAAGCCCUCGACGCCGCCUUCUCGCGCUUCCCCGAGGCCCCCAAGGCUAUUCUGCUGGAGGAGGACCUGCUCGUUGCUCCCGACUUCUUCAGUUUCUUCAACCAGACGGCCUGGCUGCUCGACCGGGACUCGACCCUCGUGUGCGUGAGUGCCUGGAACGACCUGAGCAGUUUACACGUAGCUCACGACCCAACCUUGCUGCGCCGCGUGGAGACCCUGCCCGGCCUGGGAUGGAUGCUCACGAGGCGUCUGGCGGAGGAACUUCUUCAGGCUUGGCGGACGAAGAAGAAGGACCAAGACUGGGAUAUAUGGGCGCGCGGAAUGGGCGUCAUUGGUGGGCGUGAGUGUGUGGUGCCAGACGUCAGCAGGACUUUCCACAUAGGCCUAUCGGGCGCCCAUAACCCAGGCCUAAUCCACGCCGCUUUUUUCUCCGCCAGGCCUAUGCCGGCAGAGGCCCACGUAAGACUGAGAAAUGUUGAAAGACUGACUUUCGAGAAAUAUGAAGAGGACAUCUACUCGCUGCUCGAGGACGACCCUCUUUUCCUCGACACAAAACUCCACCCUUGUAACGAACAUUACUUGCCUCGUAAUAUCACGGAAAAACCGGUCGUGAUCUUCAUCGAGAUGAUCACCGGCAUCGACUACUUGGCCUGGAAAUACUUCGCCAGGUGCCUGGGCGUCUGGGACCAGGACAUAAGAGCCAUGCAUCGCGGUCUCUUCUGGUUCUAUUUCUACGAGACGCAAGUAAUGGUCAUUGGAUAUCCUUACAGCGACUAUAGUCCCUACAAGCCACCGGGAAUCGACGUCCUGCGUGUGGUCAACCCGAAGGACAUCGACGAGCUGGACCUGGUGGCGCCCUCCAACCGACGCCGCUUCAGGAGGCCGGAGCUCGAGUCCAUGGUGCCCUUUUUGGACACAGCGCUACCUGUUCUCCAUCCCUAACUGGAGCUGCUGUGGUUGCCCUUCCGCGGUUCUGUAGGACUUGGGUGAAGCGCCAGGUCCUUGUAGAAUAUGUCUAGUGUUACAUAUUUGUUAAGUGUGUUUUAUUUAUUCUUUAUUUAAAGUAUAUUGUUAAGUGUUUUUUAUUUUUCUAUUCAAAGUAAACUUAUUUGUUGGGUGAAUGUUGAGUGUAUAUAUUGUGUAAUGUGGAGAGGAAAAGCUUGACAUGUUCGUAAUGAGGGAUACUUUUCUUUGGUAUCCUUGAAGUAAUGAGAUACGUAUGGUAGGGUAAUGAAGUCUCACAUCCCAUUGGGAUCGUUUAGUACCUGCCACUUAUCGGUCUAUAACCAACUUGUUUUUUUUUUUGUGUGUGUCCAUCCAUCUUUUUCAACUUCAUUUUGUGUGUUCAUGUUAUUUUAUUAAUUGUAUUAACCAGUUGCUAUAUGUAAGAUAUGUAUAUAAACAUAGUGUUAGGACGUCUUUGUUCUUCAAUAAGACUAACCAAUAAACACCAUUAUUCACUUCGUAUGAGAUGAUAAUUGAAUGCACGUAAGGUAAUUAAUAACUAUUUAAGAUUUUAUUAGCUACCCCUAAAAACAUUUUCUGUAAAAUAAACAUACCGACAGAAAACGAAAUUAUUUUUUAUGUGAAAGGUAAACUCGUAUAUAUUGCGCUUUUGAUAUAUUUCGAGAUAUUUCAGUACACUUUUGAGAUAUUUAAAAAGUCUUUUUUGAUU